UCUCUCUCUCUUUCACCGGCAAUAAAUCGGCGAAUAAUCAGACAUCAUCAACACGAGCAUGAUGAAGUUCAAGUUCGAAUACGAAGAGGAAUACAUAAAAAACUCAAGAGGCGUAGAGCUGUUCGCUUGCAGAUGGGUUCCCUCUUCUUCUCCCCGAGCUCUAGUCUUCCUCUGUCAUGGUUAUGGGAUGGAGUGCAGUAGCUUCAUGAGAGAAUGCGGAAUACGGUUGGCAUCAGCAGGAUAUGCAGUGUUUGGGAUGGACUACGAGGGGCAUGGUCGGUCCAAGGGUGCUCGUUGCUAUAUCAAAAAGUUCAGUAACAUAGUAAACGACUGCUACGACUAUUACACCACCAUCUCUGCACAAGAAGAAUACAAAGAGAAAGGUAGAUUUUUGUAUGGAGAAUCAAUGGGAGGUGCAGUUGCUUUGUUGCUUCACAAGAAAGAUCCUUCUUUUUGGAACGGUGCUCUUCUCGUUGCUCCCAUGUGUAAGAUAUCAGAGAAGGUGAAACCACACCCAGUAGUCAUAAAUCUACUAACGAGAGUUGAAGAUAUUAUACCAAAAUGGAAGAUCGUUCCCACAAAAGAUGUUAUUGAUGCUGCCUUCAAGGAUCCAAUCAAGCGCGAAGAGAUAAGGAACAACAAGCUGAUAUAUCAAGACAAGCCAAGACUUAAAACCGCGCUUGAAAUGCUUAGAACGAGCAUGGACCUUGAAGACACUCUCCACGAGAUCACAUUGCCCUUUUUUGUCCUUCACGGUGAAGCAGACAUUGUGACUGAUCCAGAGAUAAGCAAAGCCUUGUUCGAGAAGGCAAGCACACACGACAAAACCAUUAAGCUCUACCCAGGAAUGUGGCAUGGGUUGACUUCUGGUGAGCCUGAUGCUAACGUUGACCUCGUUUUUGCUGAUAUUGUCAAUUGGCUUGAUGCUCGUACCGGUGACUCCGCUUCUCUGACAGUCACUCCCAUACAUGAUUUUACCUCCAAUGUUCAAAAGGUCGUUGACGGUGUUAGUAACGGUCAAGGAAAAUCUAAACGACCACAAGCUAGUCUCCUUUGUGGUUUAAAUGGUGGUGGACGUCGUUUGGCUGAGAGGAUGUAUAAGAAGGCGAAGCCUGAGUACGCGACAGCUAAAAUAGCGGUGUGGUGGGACAUGAAGUGCUGUCCGAUUCCCGAGGGUUAUGAUGCUCGUCUGGUCCGCCCGAGCAUAGAAGCGGCGUUCAAUGAACUAGGCUACUCUGGUCCUGUCUCCAUCACCGGCUAUGGCGACCAAAGACAAACCCCUUGUCACAUCCUGCGAGGUCUCUCUUCCACCGGAGUCGCUGUUGCACAAAUCAAAUCCGAAAGCACAUGCUCACUCAUGUAUUCGAAUAUGCUGGAGUGGCGAGAUCAUAAUCCUCCUCCGGCUACAAUGAUGCUCAUAUCCGAUGAUUGGCAAGAUGUCUUCUCUUGGGAUCUGGCCCGUCUACAACAGCACACGAAAUACAACCUUUUUCUGUCUUAUUCAACUAAGUCUAACAUAGGUUCGGCACUGGAACCUUGUGGAAAGUGGAUCUGGACGAAGUUACUUGCGACCAAAAGGGAACUUGUUCAGGACAAAAAGUGCUGCAGUUGUGAGUUAUCUGCCAUGUUUUAUUGCAAAUCGUGCAGUUACCAGGGCCAAAGCGUGGAGGGUUUCAGGAAGCAUCUCUCGACUAGAAAGCAUGCAGUGAGAGAGGUUACAAACCGUAUACAUCCAGAACUUGACUAUUUGACGAGGACGUGGGCAAAGGACUACCCUGCAAAGCCUGAGUACGCGACAGCUCAAAUAGCGGUGUGGUGGGACAUGAUGUACUGUCCGAUUCCCGAGGGUUAUGAUGCUCGUCAGGUCCGUCCGAGUUUAGAAGCCGCGUUCAAGAAACUAGGCUACUCGGGUCCUGUCUCCAUCACUGCCUAUGGCGACCACAACAAAACCCCUGAUUACAUCCUGCGAGAGCUCUCUUCCACUGGAGUCGGUCUUGCACAUUCCAUUCCCGAAGUCAUAUACAGUCGCAUGUUUAGAAAUUUGUCGGAGUGGAAAGAUAGUAAUCCUCCUCCGGCUACAAUUAUGCUCAUAUCCGAUGCUGUGGAGGUGAUGUUCUCAGGUGCUCUUGCCCGGUUACUACAAGAGACGAAAUACAACCUUUUUCUGGCUUAUUCAUAUAGGCCUUACAAAAUGUCAGUCUUGCUCACUUCUGCAGAGUGGCUUUGGGAAAGCUUACUUCUUGCAGAGACAAGAAGACACGUUCUUGGCAAGUGCAGUGAAAGGGGUGAAUCUACCAAAAUGUUUUCUUGCACAGUGUGUAUUUGUGAUUGCAAAAGCCUUGAAGAUUUGAGGACGCACCUCUCAAGCGAAGACCAUGCAGUGCUUGAGCGUCAUUAUCCUGAGACGGAAGUACUAGCAAAUUUGCCAGAGAGAAAACGUAUGAGGAAAGCAUACCGGACGGGUUUUGGUCAUCUUCAUAAUCAGUUACAUCUUUUUGGAAAACGAAAGCGGGAUUUAGCGUUAGCAGCUUCCACCGUUUCGGAGAAUUUUAUCGAGCUUCAAGUGAACAUGAGUAAACCAAUGGAAGAGGAUACCAACCAGGGAAAGACUGAGGAGGAGGAGUUCAACACUGGACCGCUCUCUGUUCUGAUGAUGAGUGUUAAGAAUAACACUCAGGUGUUGAUCAAUUGCCGUAACAACAGGAAACUCCUCGGCCGAGUUAGGGCUUUUGACAGGCACUGCAACAUGGUUCUUGAGAAUGUCAGAGAAAUGUGGACUGAGGUACCGAAAACCGGAAAAGGAAAGAAGAAAGCUCUUCCUGUUAACAGAGAUCGAUUCAUCAGCAAGAUGUUUCUGCGGGGAGACUCUGUCAUUAUCGUCCUCAGGAACCCCAAGUGAGAGAAAUUGAGAUGGCUGGUGGUGGUUGCUAUUCAUAUGAUAAUUCUCGCUUCUUCUUGUCAAAUUCUAAUUGUUGCAUCAACGGAGAACAUGUUUUGAUUAUGAGCCUUAAACCUAGUAGUGAACUGCCUUGUAUUUUUUUCACUUGUGUUCUUCUAUCUUGACUUGAAAAAUCCCAGUGUUGAGUAAUGCCACUAAACUUUGUAAUAGCAAAAGCCAAGUUCUUUUUCUUUUAAAACUGUAGUGAGGUUCAUGAAUAGUAGUAGUAAGUAAAGGUACCAAAUUCUU